CACCUUUGGCACCCCACGAACCCUGCGGCGUGGAGUGCGGGGAGGGCGUGGCGGCGCUGGCGCCCAGCCUGCCAGCCGGCGGCGCCUGCCGCGUCUCCGACGUGCUGGCUGCUUUCUACCAUGGCGCUGGGCUGGCGCCGCACGAAGGCGGCAGGCUGCGGCGCUACUUCGCGGCCAGGGCCCAGGUGCCCAGGGGCGAGCUGCGCUGUCGGCUGGUGGCCUUCCUGGCCGGCGCCGCGGCGGCCGACAGCGUGGGAGUGGUCUCCCAGCGCCGCCGCGCGGCAGCCCGGGCUCGGGUGGAGGCCAACAUCGCCAGGAACCCGAGGAUGCCCGCUUCUAGGCAAGUGGAGCUGCGCGAGGAGGCGGAGGGCGAGGCGGAGGCCAUCAUGAGCGAGGUCCUCGCGCUGAGGGGCGACGCGGAGCUGGCCCAGGCGUUCGGCAGCACCUUGUAUCGAUCGCCCGCAUGCUGCACGGCUCAGAUGUGGAGCUGCUCCCCUCUCUCCGCGCCCUCGCGCUCCUCCGCCAGGGGAGGACAGAGUGCACCACCGCGCUCUGUAUAG